UAGCGCCUUGGACCGUUAAAUCUUGCGGAGCGACACUUAUGCUUCUUUGGAUUAAUAUUUUAUUGUUUGAAGCAUUUUGUUUUUGAUAUAAUUUAAAAGGUUUAAAAAUAUAAACAACAAUCACCAUUCACCAUGCAAACCAAUGCAUGCAAAAUUGCAAAUUGCAAACGACAAACGUCAAAUUAUGAAAAAAAAGAGAGAAGAUUGUUUUUGUUUUACUGGCCACACCAUCACAGACGUCAAAUAAAGUUUUAGAUAGUAAUCUUAGAUUAUCUGUGGGAUAUACAAAGAGUAAAGAGGGAAUUGAAAACACAGAACAAUAGAUACUACAAAAAUGUCAAAUGUCAAAUGUCAAGUGUGAAACGAUAAAGUUUACACUUUAAUCUUUGGUUUAUUUAUUUAUUUUUAUUUACGAUUCUGCAUUUUAUUAUUUAAAGUGUACUUUAAUUAGAUUAUAAUAAUCUAAAAUUUUAGACCUUUGCCAACCAGGAUUGACGGUUCUAUUAUUCCCAAACAACACGACAUGGAGUUUCGUGGAAGACGUAUAAUGAGAAAUAUCCACAAAAAUGUUUUACCGGAUCAAGCACAGUUCUGUGUGACAUGCUUGAGAACUGACUGUAAGCUGUACCCUUUCACACAAUACAGUUUGGGAGAGGCUUAUGAGCUGUUGACUGGGAAUUCACUGCAGCAAGAGGUGAGGUUUACUUCCAAAUUUUGCACAGAAUGUGCUCACAGACUAACUUCAUGCCGCAAAUUCAGAGCCAGGAGUCUACAGGCUUAUGACGCAUUGGCAGAACUAGCUCAGAUGCAUGAUGUGCUAACAACUGAAGACAUAAAGUCAAUAAACAACAAAUACAGCAGUUGUUUGUCAUAUUCUGACGUCACGCUCACACUGGUAACACCGGAGCGCAAUGACUCGAGUGCCACGAACCAACAAGAUGUUAAAGUUGAACCAAAAGUGGAACAUAUAAAGAGUGAAGCCGGUGAAGAGUUGUCUGAUGAUGAAGGAGACAAGGACUCAGGGAAUCUCAAUGAUGUUGAUGUAGAAAACGUUGAGAAACUUCAUGAAAAUGUUAAAAAUACUGUGAAAGCUAAAAGAGGUAACAUAGACACGGCUAAACCAAAAACCAAAAGGAAACCCAAAAUCAAAAAAGGUUACAAAACAUCUGCCGAGGUGCAAGAAAUGAUGAAACUAUUUCAUUUAAACAAACUUACUAUUGAAGAACAACUCGCAGACAUACAAAAAAGGAAGGAAUCCAGUAAUUAUAAAAAUUCUGUAUACAAAUGUGAUGUGUGCUUUAAGGGAUUUGCUUCACAAAAUACAUAUGAAACACAUCUAAAGAUGCAUACUACUGAAUAUGGACAGUUCCUGUGUGAGAUAUGCAAAGUGUACACAAAAAGUGCCAGCGCGUUACGCCUGCACUGCAAGGAGAGUCACAGCACUACAUACAACUGCGUGUCCUGUCCGUUCGUCACUAAACAAAAAUGCAGCGCAGUGAGCCACGCGCGCUGGCAUACGGGUGUAAAGUACAAGUGUGAACUGUGUACUGAGGAGUAUGAUAAGAAGACGUCACUACUGUCGCACGUGCGACUGAGUCACCCGUCGGACGUGGCGUGUCCCUUCUGCGGCUACUGCUUCGUGAACCAGUGCGGGCUGAGGAAGCAUCUGGAGAUGAAGCAUCGCUUCGACAGCGCACAGGAGGUGACCGGUCCACUCUGCGGUGAGUGUGACAUUCGCUUCGCGAGCGAAGCCGCAUUCCAGCAACAUGUGCUCGUCUCGCCCAAACACAACACUAACAGGUAAGUGUCAGUAAGUAUACACAAAUGUGUUUUUUGUUGAAUAAUAAAUAAAUAAAAUAAAAAAAAUAAUACUUACUAUUGAUAACCGAUAUAAAAAAGAGAGUAGUAAUGAAAAAUGCCUUUCUUAACACAUUCGCUGCGGUACAAGGUCAAUUGACCUCGUACCGCAAUCUCGGACGGAAAGAGUUACGAGGUCGAUUAACCUCGCCCCGCGCCACAUAAUUUAGGUUUUACGACCUCAUGCUAAAACUUUAUGAAGCGCGGCGCGAGGUCAAUUGACCUCGUAACUCUCGAAGUCGCUAGAUUUACGAGGUUAAUUGACCUUGUACCGCAGCCUCAGAAGGUAAGAGUUACGAGAUCGAUAAAUUUCGCUCCGCGCCACAUAAUUUAGUACAAGGUUUUAUGACCUCAUACUGAAACUUUAUGAAGCGCGGCGCGAGGUCAAUCGACCUUCUAACUCUCGAAGUCGCUAGACGUACGAGAUUAAUUGACCUCGUACCUCACCCUCAGAAGGUAAGAGUUACGAGGUCGAUAAACCUCGUUCUGCGCCACAUAAUUUAUGAGGUUUUAUGACCUUAUACUAAAACUCAAUAAAGCGCGGCGCGAGAUCUAUUGACCUCGUAACUCUUGAUGGCGCUAGAAGUACGAGGUCAAUUGACCUCGUACCGCAGCGAACGUGUUAACCGACUCCAAAUAAAGGAGGCCAAGUGCGUGUCGGGCCACGCGCAGUCCUCUUUAUAAUAUUGAAGUCCGGCCGCUCAGAAAUUGUGUUUUUUUUAGUCAAAUUGCCAUACAAAAAAACUUUACGUUUUUAAUGUUAACUUUGUAACAACAUCAAAAAACGUAAUUUUCUUAUUUAUUUGUUGUAAAUUUUAGCCCAAAAUUAAUGCAUUUAUUGUAAGUUGGCAUAAUUAUUCAAUUUUUAAUGUUACUCGUUACUAAGGUUACCAAAGAUAACUAAAAUUUUGCCGUAAAUUGUACGCCAGUUCAAAGUUACGUUAAAGAUCGAAUAGGCUUCACUAUCGUUUGACUAAGUUAGUUAAGUUAGUAAAUAGGGAUGAUGACUAGGUUUGAUUAAAUUGAUUUUUAUGAUACAUUCAGGUAAAUAAGGUCAAUGUUAUCUAAUUUAUACACAAAAACCAAAGAUUGACUGGAUAUUUGCAAAAUAAAUAAGAUUAUAACAAUCCAAAAUCUAUUAAAAAUCUUUUAUAGUAAU